AUGUUUGACAUUAAAGAUAAAGUGGUGAUAGUGACGGGAGCAAGUUCGGGAAUCGGCGCGGCAACGGCGCUUAUGUUCGCCAAGGAGGGCGCCGAUGUAGCUAUCGUGGCGCGCACCCAAGCCAAACUCGCUGCCGUCGCCAAAAACAUCGAAGCGCUCGGCAGGAAAGCCCUCGUCAUUCAAGCCGACCUCUCCAAAGAAGCCGACACCGCCACCAUCGUCCCAAAAACUAUCAAGCAAUUUGGUAAGAUCGAUGUGCUUGUCAACAAUGCUGGGAUAGUUUCAGAAGGCAGCCUAAUGGAUGGCAAAAUUUUGCAAGCCUACGAUGAAACUAUGCGGACGAAUGUUCGAGCAGUUAUUCAACUGACAAGCCUGGCAGCGCCUCAUCUGGUCAAGACAAAGGGGAACGUGAUCAACAUCUCUAGCGGGGCGUCUCUGCGUCCGUCUAGUAAGGCGACCUUGCUUCCGUACUACGUGUCUAAAGCAGCUUUGGAUCAUGUUACGCGUUGUGCAGCGAUGGAGCUGGCAUCUUGCGGAGUCAGAGUCAAUACGGUCAACCCUGGACCAGUCGAUAACGACUUCAACAGCAACAAUGGUCUUGGUGAUCCUAAGGUGAUACGGCAGGCACUGAUUAACGCUACUCUUCAAGGAUACAUAGCAACGAAUGAAGAAAUUGGAGGCGUGAUUCUGUUCCUAGCUAGCGAGAAGGCUAGGAGUGUCACUGGAUCUAACUACGUUAUGGAUAACGGUUGGACCUUGAAAAAUUGAACUUAAUUUUAUAUUUAGAUCUACGUUAUUAAACUUAUUAAACGUGGAUUAUAUUAUUAA